UCUGGACUCCACAGGAUCCCUGUCAUAAUACGACCUCAUGUCUGGGAGAAUGCGAAUCAUGGAUGCCCCUCGUGGGUAUCUUCCCUACCCUCUCACGGAUCACUCGGAGAUCUCCGCUUUUACGGUGCAAGGCCGGCUGGACCACGGCCGAGUUUGAUUACAAUUACGAGAAAAGGUACACACUCUCGCCACGAACGAAUUGGCCCCAAAUCAUACCACGUCCUGAGUUGUCACUGGGACUGCCCUGAACUCCACAUAGCCUGGGCUGUGAUAUUGACGCACAUUCCCAGCCCCCUGUAGCCACACGAAAAGCUUAACGAUCAUUACCAGAUCUGUCUCUCUCGACAAGCAAAAGAAAUAGAGAGAAAAAGGAAUCAAAAAAUGGGCAGCACAGAACCAUCCAAAGACUUCACCGUCUCCAUUGUCGGCGGGGGAAUCGGCGGCCUCGUGCUCGCCGCCGGCCUCUUGCGACGCAAAGUGCCCGUUCGCAUCUAUGAAGCCGCCCCCGUCUUCGCGGAGAUCGGACUCGGCCUGUCCAUCGGUCCUGCCGCUCACCGGACUAUGCCCCUCAUUGAUCCACAGAUUCGAGAUAUCUAUGACUCGCUCGUCACCACUCAUGCCGAUAGCCCUGGCUUUGAGCAGUUUCGACAAACAUGGUUUGAGAUCGUUUGGGCCAGCGGGGCCCGGGAGGGUGAGACUUUGAUGAAUCUAAAGGCGCUGCCGUCGGGCCAGACGACCUUGCGCCGGGCAGACUUUCUCGAUGCGUUGGUGGAGUUGAUUCCCCCGGAGAUUGUGCAGUUUGGAAAGAGACUUGAGGGUCUUGAGGAGACGGUGGAGGGGGUCACGUUACGAUUUGACGAUGGGACGACUGCUCCUGCGGACGUUGUGGUGGGGUGCGACGGGAUCAAAUCCAAGGUCAAGGAGUCCAUGCUACCGGAGGAGUCCAAGGAGAAACAGCCGCAGUAUAGUGGAAUGUACGGGUACCGUGCGGUCCUGGAUAUGGAGGAGAUGGUAGAGGCGGUAGGCGAGCAACGGGCGAGGGUAUCCACCAUGUACGUUGGGAAGGGGGCAUACGGGAUCUCGUAUCCAAUCAUGCGGGCUAAGAAGGUCAACUUUGGGCUCUAUAUUCUGAGUGAGAAAUGGGAUUGUGAUACCUGGGUCCGGCCCGCGGAGCGGGAGGAAAUGCGAAGGGACGCGAAAGAUAUGGGUAGAUACGUGAAUGCGCUUAUUGAGCGCAUGCCCGAUCCUUCUCAAUGGGCGAUAUUUGAGCAUCCUCACAUUUCGACAUACGCCCGGUCGCGAGUUGCCAUCCUUGGUGAUGCAGCACAUGCCUCGACACCGCACCAGGGCGCUGGCGCCGGUCAGGCAAUUGAAGAUGCUCAUGUUCUAGCUGAACUCCUUGGAGAUCCCCGCGUUACGAAGGCGGAGGAUGUCGUGGCUGCCUUCAAAGCGUAUGAUGAGAUCCGGCGACCUCGAAGUCAGAGGGUCGUUACCAGCAGCAAAGAAAAUGCGUAUCUCCUUUGUCUAUGUUUGGACGGUGUGGGGGAUGACGAAGAGAAGCUCAAGGAGACAUGGAACCAGAGGCUUCGUUGGCUCUGGGAUUUAGAUAUCCAGAAGCAGGCGGAGGAAGCCAGGAAGCGAAUGAUUGAGCACAUGCAGGUAUAACAGAACACAUACAGGUAUCAAUAUAUAACGCCAUUUAUGCAAGGGCUUUAUGCCCAUUGAGAAUCAUCGCCUGCUAUUAAACGUCUAGAACGGACAGUUAUGUGUGCGCUAGGCCCUUUAACUAGACUGUUAUGCCGUUUAGCCAAAUUUCCAAGAAUGGUGAAAGAAUGAAGAAAUAAAUCAGGCUAUAUACCAACAAGACUAUACAUGCGAGUGAAAGGUAAAGGACCAAAAUGGUGAAGUCAGACCAGAUUCAGAGAAUGGGCGUACCGACGGGUACAAAAACG